AUCCGAAAUCGCAAACGCCUUUUCUGCGGUCGUUUCCAAUCAAAAUUCUCAAUUAAAAUAUAAAAAAAAAACAAAAUACUGGCAGCUAGGGAACUAUAAUGAGUUUGAGUUCCAACCCAAAUCCGCACAAUCCAUAUGUAGAGCACCGCAACCGCACCAUACACAGCAGCCAGGGCCACACGCUGGCGAACGGGUAUGCCAUGGGUGAUCCAAGGAGCAGCCGAUGUCACGACAAACUCUUCAGCGGAUCGCUAAAAUCGCUUGCACGGCGCGAGGACUCGAACGCCAGUGACAGUGAGGGCACAGACACAGCAAAGGGCUCGGGCACGGGACUCGUGGGCCUGCAGAACAUUGCGAAUACCUGCUAUAUGAACUCGGCACUACAGGCACUGAGUAAUUUGCCGCCGAUGACACACUACUUUAUCAACUGCAGCGACCUUGUGGAGUACAUAGCAGAGCAGAGCGCACGUCGCUGCAAGCCCGGCGGGCUGGCCAAGAGUUAUCGUCGCUUGAUGCAGGAAAUCUGGCAGGAUGUCGAUGAUCCCAAAGAGUUUAUUGCCCCGCGUGGUAUUCUGUAUGGCAUUCGCACGGUUCAUCCCAUGUUUCGGGGCUAUCAGCAACACGAUACCCAGGAGUUCUUGCGGUGCUUCAUGGACCAGCUGCACGAGGAGCUGACAGAGCAGGUCUCAAUGCUGCCGCAGACGCAGAAUCAGCCGCAAUACCAGUCACUUCAGCAGCAGCAGCCCAGCGAAACGGAUGACGAAAACGAUGAUGAGGCAGCGCCUGCGUCCUUGUCACAUGCAUCCGAAAGCGAAUACGACACCUGUGAAAGCAGCAUGUCGGAGCGAUCGGCAGAGGUGUUGCUAAAGACAGAGUACUUUGUAACGCCCUGUCGGACAAAUGGUUCCAACAGUGGGCUGCCAGAAGGCCAUUCGGUGCAAUUGCAGCAGGCACCGUUGCAGCAUCAGCAAAAAAAUGCCUCCUCCGCCGAACAGAAACCUAUAGAAGCAGCGCGCUCAAUAAUCAGCGACGUGUUCGAUGGCAAGCUUUUGUCCUCGGUGCAGUGCCUGACCUGCGAUCGUGUGUCCACACGCGAGGAAACAUUCCAGGAUCUCUCGCUGCCCAUUCCCAAUCGUGAUUUUCUGAACGUUCUUCAUCAAACCCAUAGCUUAAGCGUGCAAAGUUUGAAUGCCGCUGAAACUUCCGCUAGGACCAACGAAGGCUGGCUGUCCUGGAUGUGGAAUAUGCUGCGCUCCUGGAUUUACGGACCCUCGGUGACGCUCUACGACUGCAUGGCCAGUUUUUUCAGCGCGGAUGAGUUGAAGGGAGACAACAUGUACAGCUGCGAGCGCUGCAACAAACUUCGGACGGGAAUAAAGUACUCCCGCGUCCUCACCUUGCCAGAGGUUUUGUGUAUCCACCUGAAGCGGUUUCGCAACGAUCUUUCUUAUAGUUCAAAAAUCUCCUCGGACGUUUACUUUCCGCUGGAGGGCUUCGACAUGCGGCCGUACAUUCACAAGGAUUGCAAGAGCGAGGUGGCCAUUUACAACCUGUCGUCGGUGAUUUGCCAUCAUGGAACAGUGGGUGGUGGCCAUUAUACUUGCUUCGCACGCAAUACGCUCAACGGAAAGUGGUAUGAGUUCGAUGAUCAGUUUGUGACGGAGGUUUCUUCGGAGCUGGUGCAGUCCUGCCAGGCGUAUGUUCUCUUUUACCACAAACACAAUCCCCAGAUGAAGCUAGUCAGGGAUGAGGCGAUGACUUUGUCGACUUCCCAUCCCCUGUGUGAUUCGGACAUUCAGUUCUAUAUAACCCGCGAAUGGCUCUCAAGAUUGGCCACCUUUUCAGAACCAGGACCUAUAAACAACCAGGAGAUGUUGUGCCCCCAUGGUGGGAUUUUGCAUUCCAAGGCGGACGUAAUCAGCCAGAUUGCGGUGCCAAUCUCUCAGCCGCUAUGGGACUAUCUCUACCGGACUUUCGGUGGCGGACCAGCAGUGAAUAUAAUAUUCGAGUGCGAGAUCUGCAAGCGGGCAGCAGAGACCCUUUCCCGUCGUCAACAAUAUGAACUGAACGAGUUCACAAAAUACAAUGGGCUGCAGAACGAAUUUGAUUCGACGGCCAUUUAUGCAAUCGCAAUGCCAUGGCUGCGCUCAUGGCAGCAGUUUUCGCGCGGAAAAACCCACAAGGAUCCGGGACCGAUUACCAACGAGGGCAUCGCUGCUCCCACGGAAAAUGGAAGUGCGACUGUGAGCUGCGUGCGUUUGGGCUCGGAUUAUGCCCAACUGAAUGCGCGCUUGUGGCGAUUCCUGCAUAACAUCUAUGGUGGUGGUCCGGAAAUUAUACUUCGACAGGCCCUGUCAGAUGAGGACGAUGCCGAGGAAAUAGAAAUCAUCGAUCAAGAUGAUGAGUGCGACGAUGAUGAGGAUCAGGAUCUGGAAGGGGAAGGAGAAGACGAGGAGAUUGCGGCAGCCAGCUAUCAGCACAAUCAUUCCGACACCGAAAGCAAUUUGGGUAUUCGCAAUACCCCGAGUCCAAGUCCCAGUACCAGCCCCAGUCCAAGCCUAACCGGCACGCGUCAGCCGAUGGAGACGGAGUCGGACCUGCGACCAAGUAGUUCAAAGUCCAAGCGCAGCAGGUCCAAAAUGAAGGUGUCCGCCCUGCGUUUGAAUAUGCGUAAUAGAGGCAAGCGCAAUCGCAGUGCGUUCAAGCAGUACGCCGAGAUGUUUGGAGCUAAAGGAAACUACAAUGCCCACAGCAAUGCCGAACCCGUAGUGUCUGAGAAAGAUGAGAAGGAUAAGGACAACGACCGAACUGUUGCAUUUCCGAGCGAAUACAGCUUACCCAUUUCGAUACCAUUCCAAAGCGACAAUUUCCAGGUGAACGGUGUGCACGAGAAGUCACGUGACAAGGGAAAAUUGCGGAAUAGUUCAAAAAGCGGCAGCACUGCUGCCACCAAGGAGAACGUCACGCUUCAAAAGUUCGUGACCCUGCGCGAGGCCAAUGGGCCGAGUGACGAGACUGAUAUUUGAUCGACGGCGUCUGAGGAUCGUGGAGGAGGAGGAGGAUCGGGAGAUGGAGAAGUUAGUGUCCCUGGCCAGAGUCACAAAACAGCGGCGCCUAAACGCAGGCCAAAAUCCAAGUUCAGGCGUAAGCGUAAACGUCAGUAGUUUUAUACCUCAGUGUUUUGUUGGGGUGGAGGCUAUAUAAACUAUGUAAAAACUGUAUUUAUAAAUUAAUCGUAUUGCUAUCCCGGCGCCUUACCAGUAAUCUGAUACCAACUACUGGCCAAUGGUGAUUUUGUAUAUAGUAUGAGAGUGCUUUAAUUGGUGUAACGAUAGUGAAUAAAUCGUAGAAAUCUUGGCCAAGCUGCCGCUUCUGUGUGCAUCUAGGCCUUCAGUGUGGCCCAGAUACAAAAACAAACAGAAG